AUGCCUCGUCGAUCGUCUCGGGCCGUUCCCGCGCCUGCAGCAGCUCCAGCGCCGACUCCAAAAAGGCGCGCGUCUGACAGAAUCUCUGCAGGCUCAAAAACAGAUCCGAAAAGACAAAGGUACAACAGCACAACCGCCAAGAAGGCCGUCAGGUCUACCGCCAGAAAGAGCAAAUAUUUUGAAGACGAGGGACAUGAAGAAUCAGACCCUGAAUCUAGUCAUGCAUUCGAGGUGGGAGAAGACUCAGGUUCAGCCUACGAAGAUACAAACUUGUCCUCCCCGUCAACUGAACCGGAGUUUGAAGAACCGGAGGCGCUAUCUACAGAUGAGGAGAGAACGAAAAGAUCAACAACAAAGAAGGCUAAACCUAGUGGAGGUCGAAAGACACCAGUGAAAAGCGGUGCGAGAAGAAACAGAGAAAACAAGGAAGAAGACCACCCUAAUGAGCAGAUAGCGGCUUCGCUAAAGGACAAAGAACUAUGGAGAGAGGGUGUCAGCACUGGUUUAGGACCUGGAAAAGAAGUCUUCAUCAAAAAACCUAAAGCCAGAGAUCCCGGAGAUAUUCCCUAUCGGGACGAUACACUGCAUCCGAACACCAUGCUUUUCCUGCAAGAUUUGGCGAAACAUAACGACAGACAGUGGCUCAAAGCGCAUGACGCGGAUUAUCGUGCCUCGAAGAAAGACUGGGAAACCUUCGUCGAAAGUCUCACAGAAAAAAUAUCAGAGCUGGACAGCACCAUCCCUGAGUUGCCUGCAAAGGAUAUCGUUUUCCGCAUCCAUAGAGACAUUCGAUUCAGCAAAGACCCCACUCCAUACAAGACACACUUUUCAGCUGCAUGGUCCCGCACCGGCAAAAAAGGCCCUUAUGCCGCUUAUUAUGUGCAUCUGCAGCCCGGUUCUUGCUUUGUCGGCUCAGGACUCUGGCACCCAGAAGCUGAUAAGCUUGCUCUUCUUCGAGAGGAUAUCGACCAUAGUUCGCAUCGUUUGAAGGCUGUGCUGCGAAGACCGGACAUGCGCCGCGAGUUUUUCAAUGGGAUUCCCGACGACGAAAAGAAGGCUGUACAGGCUUUUGUUAGUCAAAACAAAGAAAGCGCGCUCAAAACAAAGCCCAAGCCGCGCUCGGGUAGCCGGGAGCUACCCGUAUUGGGAGCUCGCGUUCUCACACCCAAAACGUCGCGAGUCGGGAGUCUGCAAGCCUACGAGCCUGAGUCAAUAUUCGCUCGCCCCAGAAAGCGUUCUACUCAUAAUUCUGGACUCCUGAAACUUGGUUCCUGGGACCAGCGCGGAAAUGCCAUCGUUGUCCCACCGGAGUUGCUUUUGGUGUCGAAGAGUUUUCUGCACCGUCUCAUCUGUUUCCAUGGUUCACCAUCUGCCUACUGGCGGGGUUACGAGGCCGACAACGAAAACAUCGAAUUACUCCGUCUACGCAGUUUCACCAUAGGAAAGCCCCUCUCCGACUCGGAAUUUAUGGCCUCGAAUGUUCAAGAGAGAAUUGCCGCCAUCAUUGGUGUCAUGGAACCCUUUGUUACGUACUUGAACAGCGUCGUUAUGCCUGAUCCAGUGGACCAGGAUACAGGCUCCGAGUCCGACUCCGCAUGA